UUAUUAUUAUUAUUAUUAUUAGCAUUAUAAUAAUAAUAAUAUCGUCGUUCAACCCUUAACAAACGUGCUCAUCAUUAAAUAUUGUUUAAUUAUACGCGUAAAUAAAUGAUCAAUGAAUUUUCUAAUUCCGAAGUUGAGGAAACGAAGAUCGAAGCGUGGUUUUAUAUGUAACUCGCAAGUAAAUGACAUUUUUGUUCUUUUUUAUAUGUCACAAUUAACGUACAAAAACAAAUAUAAUGAGAGACGUUUGACAAGAUACAUCUAAUUAAAUUAAUUAAUUAAUUAAUAAUAAUAAUAACUGUAACAAAAGGAAGACAAUCAUGUUCGUCGUCGUGGUGUUAAACGUUUAAAAGUGAAGAAGAAAGUUUAAAGAAAAAAAAAGGGAACGAAUCGAAAAAAAAAAGGGACAAAAGCAAAAAUAAGGAAAAAUAUAAAAAGCCGGGGUGGGGGGGAAGGCAAAAGAAAAUAACAAUACGAGUGUUUCUAAGUGUAUCGUCGUUGUGUAUAGGCGUCAUCGUGGUCGUCGUCGUGUUAAACUAGUUGGCCCAUAGUAAGUUGGCCUAGUAAGCCCAUCCCUACCUUUUUUUUCCUCUCUCUCUCUCUCUCUCUCUCUCUCUCUCUCUCUCUCACUUUACAAUACCUUUUUUCCGAUCCCUUUGCCCGUUCCUUCUAUAACCCCCUUCCCCAACCCCUCCCCUCUCUCUCUUUUCCAAUGUAUCUCUUCAUCUGAAUUUAUCCAUCUUUUUUCAUUGUGGUUCCUAGCUUCGUUUUUGGAAGAAGGGAUAGGAACGUUUGAGCAUUUUUCCGCCGUCAGUCCCAUUCUAUCGACGGCGCCACUACAAACGGAUGAUUAAAUAAAUUUGUGAGAGAGAGAAAGAAAAAAACAUAUAAAACUGGAAGGAAUUUGGAUAAGCAACCAACUCUUGAACCACUACCCUCUCCCCGCCCGACCGGCUCAUCUGGCCCUCCCGCCCGGCUCAUCCGGCCCGUCCGGCCCGCGCGUGUUGUGAACAAUUUGUUCAACGUUUCGUUUUUUAAUCAACAUUGGACGGCCCAAGUGCCGAAUAAACAAUCAAAAUUCGGGUUAAGAACAAAGAGCCGUUGCCAUCGUACGCGAUGGAGAUGAGCGACGAUUAUCAAGACAUGGUCAAUCCUGGUGGAGGGAUGUCCAAUCUCCAACCCAUGGGGGGACAUCAUCGGAACACACCUGAGAGCACCUCAACGGAAGCCGAUGUACUGUCAAGAACAAAUUUGGAAGCGUUCCAGGCUGCUGUCAGCAAUGGGGUUAUAAAUUUGCCAGGAUUUAUACCCAUAAUGCCAUUAUCAAAUAUGGGAAUUGGUGGAAUGAUACAAGCUUCUUCAUCGUCAACCCCCAUGCAAGUUGCUGGAGAUGGUCCUAGUACAUCGUCAUCGAUGCAACAAGUGUUAAAUGUACCACUUGGUAACAACAACCAGGAUGCAACCAGCAGUCCUUCACGUUCCAGUGAAUCUCCACAAGGAUCAAGAAAUGGGCCUGAUUCUGCUACCAAUUAUUCACUCAAUGUCAGCAACAAUACCAAUAAUAAUCAUCAUCAUCAUUCCCACAACAGUAGUGCCAGCAGCAGCAGUCAGAAUAAUAAUAAUAACAACAACAACAACAAUAGCAGUCAGAAUAAUAAUAAUCAUACUUCACAGAAUGGUCAGCAACCUAACAAUUGGAAUUUUGAAGAUCAAUUCAAACAGUUGUACGAGCUCAGUGAUGAUCCAGGCAGACGAGAAUUUUUGGACGAUUUGUUUAGCUACAUGCAAGCACGCGGAUCACCGAUAAAUCGAUUACCCAUAAUGGCUAAAUCAGUAUUGGAUCUUUACGAACUUUUUAAUCUCGUGAUAGCUCGUGGCGGAUUGGUUGAUGUUAUUAACAAAAAACUAUGGCAGGAAAUCAUCAAAGGUCUACAACUACCAUCCAGUAUCACUUCCGCCGCAUUUACUUUACGCACGCAAUAUAUGAAAUAUUUAUACGACUACGAAUGCGAUAGAAAAAAUUUAUCAACCCGUGAAGAUUUACAAUUAGCCAUAGAUGGUAAUCGUCGUGAAGGACGUAGAAAUACUUAUGUACAAUAUCCAUCUGGAUCUGGUAGCGAUGGUCAAAGAAAUCAAUCAACGUCAUUGUCAAUGCGUUCGAGAAUAUCGCCUAAUGCCAUGCAACUGCAUACACAAAUUUCACCACUUUCAUUGGUUACGGCAGCCGCUGCAGUUACUUCAGCACAAUCCAUGGUCAAUGGUAAUUCGAUGCAUCCGUCUUUGGUGCAACAUUCACAAUUACCACAACUUCCACAAGCAACUUUGAAUCAUUCACAAAAUUUUCCAGUUUCCCUUACGAACGUAAAUCCAAGUGAAAUUGAAGCACGAAUGGCAGAAUAUUUUAGGUUGUAUCAUAGAGAUAGAAUAGUUGCAACGGCAGGAUCGUCACCAUGUCAGCAAGGUACUUCGACACCAACCACAACAACCAUACCCAUAUCUUCAAACAUACAAACUUACGAAACAUUGAGCAAAUUUCAAGCAGUUUUUGGUAGUAAUAACACGAUUUACCCAGCAGCACUUGCGCAUCAUUCCUCUUUAUCACCACAACCAUCACAAUCCUCGUUGCAACCUGUGCCAAGCCCAGAACCACAAAGGGAAGCAUUGGAUCUUGGUGUUAGGUCAUCAUCCGUAUGUUCCUCACCUUCUGUAGCUUGUGGACCAAGCCCAUUAUCUUCAACCAGUGGUCAACGAAAAAGGGAUACGGAUUCAGUUACGUCUGGUCGAAAAAGACGAUUAUCCGAUGAGGAUAAAUCUCCAGAAACUGCUCAACCAUCAACCUCAUCUAAUCCACGAAACAUCAGAAUUUGCACAGAAGCUAACAACGAUGAGGGUUCAUUGAACGUCAGUCUUACAAUAGAAGAUGCAACUUAUCGAGGAGUCCUAUUCUUUGAUUCAAGAUCAGGAUCAAAAUCAGAUUCAUCUAGUUCUAGAAGUCCACCAACGAAUAAUGACAAAUAAUUCACAAGGAUAUACCAUAGUGACGAAAUAAUUGACGAUAAAAAGUAUAAUUGCUGGUCAAUAUGGAAAAGUAAUCAACGAUGUGACAUCAUCAUUUACCAUCAUCCCAGUCCAGUUGAAGACACACAAUCAUUUAAUAAAAAAACAAAAUAAACAAACAAAUUAUUAUUACACUUAAUGUGAACACUUGAUCGAUUUUGCAAAAUGAAAAAUAAU